GUGCUCUCUGCUACCCCUGCAAAUUGGCUUUUUGCAUUGACGAAAUGGCCAGAAAAAUUGUCUGCCAACCUAAAAAAUUGAACAUCACCCGUAGCAUUGUGUUAGCGGUCCCUCGACCAUACCAUUUGCAAUAGAGAUUGAGUGAUAUUUUUCUAGUGAAAACACUUUUCUAGGUUGACACUGGUACACCAUAACUAAGGAAAAGUAUUAAUUUGAAGUCAUCAACAAUCAAUCAAUCAAUCAAUCAAGUACCUGCAAUUCAGAAGUCAUUGCAAGCUCGUGGUAAUUUGAGCAACAAAAAAUGGCCGAUGAGGAGAAGAGCUGCUUUCCCCCAGGUGUGGGGGACACCAGAGAUUUGGCCGAUGUCGAUCCUGUAAUGGCGAAGCUUGUGCAGCAAGAAAAAGCACGGCAGCAAUCAUGCAUCGAACUCAUUGCAUCGGAGAAUUUUACGAGCAAAGCGGUACUUUCGAUGAUAGGUCAAGAAACUAUAGUUUUCCUUCUCACCCACGAGGUCGUGAAGAAUGAAAUGUUGACAUGAAAAAAUGCUUACAUCAGGUGAUGCAAUGUCUCGGAAGCGUGUUGACCAACAAGUACUCCGAAGGCCAACCCGGUGCACGUUAUUACGGUGGUAAUGAGAUCAUCGAUCAGAUAGAGGAAUUGUGCAAAGAGCGUGCAAUGAAAGCUUUCUCCUUGGACCCUGAAGAAUGGGGAGUCAACGUGCAACCCUAUAGCGGUUCACCAGCAAACUUCGCUGUGUACACGGCACUACUGAAGCCACACGAUCGGGUGAUGGGAUUGGAUCUCCCAAGUGGCGGUCAUUUGACACACGGAUACUACACGCCGACUGGUAAUUGUUUUGAUGAUACUAGGUGGAUUUCCUCAAUUCUUUCAGCUUGUAAAUGUUUGAGGCUUGAAUGUUGAGAGUCAAACAUUUGAUGACGAAAACUUCGUGAUAGUCAUAUUGACAACGAUCACCCUUCAACGAACAGGCAAGAAAAUUUCCGCGACGUCGAUAUAUUUCGAGUCAAUGCCGUAUACUGUGCGCGCGGACAACGGGUUGAUUGACUUCGAUCAAUUUUACGGCAAGAGAACUAUAUAAGGAACUUCGACAGGUUUUCAGUCAGAUGAAUCCUUGACAGGAUCGAGGCACUCACAAAGAAGUAUGAACAAUCAAGCAUUAUAAUCACCCCUAACGUUUGGAUCCCUCUAAACUCAACUCGAGCGCGCGAAAUUAUUCCGACCUGCGAUGAUUCUUUGUGGUGCCUCUGCCUACCCAAGAACUAUGGAAUGGGCCAAAUUUAGGGAAGUUGCGGAUGCCGUUGGCGCCAUUCUCAUGGCAGAUAUGGCGCACAUAUCCGGAUUGGUUGCUACUGGCGUCCAUCCUAGUCCAUUUCCAUUCGCGGAUGUGGUAUUGCUUUGUGUAUCUUAAGCAUCGAGAGGACCUAAUUGUUAUCGUGUUUCUUCGGUCUAUGAAAAACUGCAACAUUGAAAAACUAUCAACAUAGAACAAAGUAGUUUCUUCAACAUACACUUUUAAUGUCUCACCAACAACUACCACUACGUUAUCUCAGCACUACGUUAUCUCAGCAUCUCAGCAACUAAGGUAACCACAACAACGCACAAGAGUCCACUACGUUAUCUCAGCACUACGUUAUCUCAGCAACUAAGGUAACCACAACAACGCACAAGAGUCUUCGCGGACCUAGGAGUGGUAUGAUCUUCUUCAACCAUAAAAGAAUUGCGGAUGCAAAGACGAAAAUCGACAUGGCAGUUUUCCCAGCACUGCAGGGAGGACCGCACAACCAUCAGAUCGGCGCACUAGCAGUACAGCUAGCAGAAGUGCAGACGCCGGAAUUUAAGGCUUAUGUCCACCAAGUCGCAGCAAAUGCAAAAGUGUUGGGAGAGGAGCUUGAGAAGAGGAAGCACAAGUACCUACGCUGCGUAGAUUCAAUUUGCUUCGAGGUAGGCUUUUCUAUGACACAUGAUACUUCUCGUGAAAGAACUCUGAUGAGACAAGUUUGAAACAGCUGCACCUUCCUGUUCCCUGAAAGCAAAUAGCGUCGCCGAAUCAUAAUCUGAAUCCAUCAGCAUCACAACUCCAUCACACCAGGUUAGUAGCCGGUGGCACUGACACGCAUUUGCUUUUGGUGGAUUGCGUCGGACCAUGGGGUGUAAAUGGACGAAAGGUCGAAUUGGUCUGCGACGUGUGCUCAAUCACCCUGAACAAGAAUUGUAUACCAGGAGACACCUCUGCACUCACGCCGUCAGGUGUGCGCAUUGGAGCUUGCGCGAUGACAACUAGAGGCUGUCUAGAGGAACACAUGUUAUGAUAGUAGUAGGCGUAGGUAGGUGCAGUUUCCUUGAAGAUGUCAACACUCUAUACUCACUAGUACAACAGGAGCGGCCUCCCUCUUUCUCUUUCUCCCUGGUGCCAGUCCUUCUUUCAUAUCUUGCGAAAAUCGCAGAGUUUAUAGACGCCGCGGUUCAGAUCGCAGUUGCAGUCCAGAAGGAGAAAGGCAAGAAGAUCAAGGACUUUGAGGUCGGCUUGUCAGACAGGGACGAUGUUAAAGCCUUGAAGGCUGAGGUGAACCAAUGGGCUACGCAGUUCUUCUUUCCUGGAUUGUAAAAUUUACCCCCCUCAACAGACGUAACCGCGCCGCUUCUCCACUCCAAUCUUUGCGUGAGAUCCAUCGUGUGUAUCAUCUAUGGCGCCCUUGUGGCAGUCUGCGCUGAACUUUGUGCGAGAUAAAUUGUAUUGGAUUGUACUACUUCUCGUCCCAACAACAUUUCUGAUAGCGGUACACUGAUAGCGGUUGUUCUGGACUUGUUUUACUCCAUCGCAAUCAUCUUCAUCCUACUACUUCUCGGCAAUGUCCUCUGCCGUUUUUUUGGUUGCAUUUUUGGAUUGGUGUUGUCAGUACAUCUACAUCUUCGUGUCAGCAGCGUGUGUAAAGACCCAAACGGUUGCUUCCGCUUUUUGUGUGAAGAGAAAGCUGCUGUUGAUAGAAUGAAUGAAGAAUUCUUGUCGUGUAUAUGGGUUUUUAGUGUGGCCUCUUAUCAAUCCAGAGACUUUAAUGCUAUUGAGUCGGUCCCCAUUAUAAUGUUGUUGAGGAGACGCGCUGUAUCUCCACCUUGCUGUUGCUAUUUUCCACCUGGUGUUCCUCACCUGGCAUAUGUUGAGGUGAUAAAACUUUGUGUCUACAAGGCCCACGUGGUGGAGUCAACGCAGAUUUUUUGCGCGUAAUAAAUGAAUGAAUGAGGUCAGGAACUGCUUAGUGAGCUUGGUGCGAAACUUUUCCAUCCUCUUUCGCCGUGGCUCUUUCACUUUGGCACAUUUCUAAUCGCGUGCUUCAUUCAGGACCUACCUCAAGGACGUUCUCCAUCUGAUCAUUGGGAUUUUCAAGUUGAAACUCUCCUCUUUGGGACUUCCUCGGAGCGUUUUUGAGAAGAUUGAAAAAAUCAAAGCAAGAAAGACUGAAAAAAUCGAACCAGUAGAGACUGCGUGCUGUCUGCACCUGUGGUUGCACAUACGAUCCUGCUGCGCUUCUUUCCC